AUGCUGUGCUGCCCGAUUGCAAAAGUUGACUACCGUGAUGAACUGGCUGGCAUCAAGGAGUGCUUGACUGGGCUGGGCUAUUGCGGGCCAGACCAGCUAGAUGGCUUCAUGAUUUCCCCGAUAGCAAAGUUUUGGAAUGCAAAUCGUUCAGAUCCGAUUGUAGUAUAUCCUGGGCAUUGUGGUAUCAAGCAACUUCAUGAACCUUUUGCGCGUGUUGGCGUUGCCGAUUUCAAGCCGUGCCGCCGCAACAGUGCCUUGAUCGUGCCCAUGCGUCCAAAGUCAAACACCGCCGCCCGCCGGAGACACUUCGGUUCCGCGCUGGCCAGCAGGUUGUUUGCAGGAGGAGGCCCCUUCAUCUUGCAGGAUUCGAGAAGACUGGUGGUGUCGGUGUUGAGACAACUCGGCUUCCUUGACACCAAACUGAACUCUGAUUUACGAGAGGCGCUUCUGGUCUUCAUCAACUGCACUCACAAUAAGUCCACGCUGCGACAGCUUGACCUUCUGCCUUGCAAAUGCGACACGUUGAAGGAUGUGUCGGGAAAGCUCAGGGAAGCUUUUGCUUCCAAGAAUUCUGCCGGCCUUUGGCAGCUACCCCCUGCAGAUGCUCAACUUCGGCAGCUGCUUGUUCGGGAGAGUUUUCUGGAACGGCCGACAUCUCCUGCGGCCGAAGUCUUUGAUGCCAUGCGAAAGUACGCCAAGAUGCAGGGGUGGCCAAUGAUGAGGUCCUACAUCGGCCUUGUCUGGCGCAUCACAUACGAGCGCAACAGGUCUGAUCCUAACAGGCGGAGAGUGGUUGAGCUUGACGCAUGA